UUCAUUCACUUCUCAAAAUCACCAACAGUCAAAACAAUCAUGUGUUUUAAAAUAGUUUAAAAUUAACUGUACUUGUAACAUGUACAAAUUAGAAUAUUAAUUAUUUGAUGUAUAAGAAAAAUGAAAUUAUUAAAUUCGAAGACAGAGCUAUGUAUAUGUUUACUGAUUUGGACGAUUGCUAAUAUUUACGCUUUAUAUAUGUUAAUAAAAUCACAAACCGAAAUAUUGGAGGCUGAUAAAAACGUAUAUCUCUCAUUAGAUGAUUUACAACCUGGUUGGAAGCUCUUUUCGAGAUAUAAAGAUGUGUCUGAUAUUGAGUGGAGCAGUUGGAAAUAUUAUAUAAAAAUAUCUUGGUUUUACAUAGUAAUACAGUUUCUAGUAUCUGAAUUAAUCCGUCGAUAUUCACCAAGUUUUAUAAAACAAUGGUAUAUACUAUCAAGUUUCACAUUUGUUUGUACUUGCUUAGGCUAUAAACAAAUGAUUAUUAUAUUAAUACAACCUGUCAUAUAUUCUACAGUUAUUAAUUUUGGUGGAAAGAAAAUAAGCAUUUGGCUUGUCAGUAUUUUUUUAUUACUUAGCUAUAAUUCAUUGAAAUACAAGAAUUUCUUUUGGACAUUCUUGGAACACAGAGAGCUGCAAGAUGAAGAAGUGUAUUUAAUUCUAUUUUGCAUGGCUUGGGUUGAAUUAAGAUGUAUCAGUUUCUCUAUUGACUUUAUAGAAAACAAAGAAAACAAUAGGAUUAAACCUGAAGAUUGCAUAAAUUUUUUAAGCUAUGUUUUGUAUUUACCAGUUUUAUACAUGGGACCUAUAAUAUUAUAUGAAGAAUUUGAAAGGAGCUAUAAAGUACAAAAUACUGACAUUUUCCCAAGGCUAUUAAGAUUUUUACCAGACAUCUUUAUUUUCUUAAUAUAUUCAGUAUGUCUUGAUUUUUCAUUUCAUUUUAUUUAUUUUUAUGCCAUACAAAAUGAUAUAGAGUUAGUAAGAAAAAUGUCAAGUAUAGCCCUGUGUGGUGGAGGUUUAUGGAUGGGGCUUGAGUUUUACUUCAAAUAUGUGAUAUCAUAUGGCACAACAGGAUCAUUUGCUAUGCUUGACAAUAUUGAAGCGCCCCCUACUCCACGAUGUAUAGCAAGAAUUCAUAUUUACUCUCAAAUGUGGAGGCAUUUUGAUGUUGGCCUUUAUAGGUUUUUAGUCAAGUACAUUUAUAAACCAAGCUAUGUUCUGUCGAGUGAAUAUAUAAAUUUACCGAAAAUUGCCUACAAACUUUUAGCAUCACUUGGUACAUUCCUUUUUAUAUUCAUGUGGCAUGGGAUGGUGUGGCAUAUACUGAUGUGGUCGUUCUUAAACUAUGUUGGUAUAUUAAUGGAACAUGUAGCAAAGAUUAUAUCAGAAUCUGAUAAGUAUGUUUGGUUUAAGGAAAAGGUCUUGAAAACAGAGAUUAUGGAGGCUAGGCUUGUAGCAGUUUUGUGUGCACCAUUGUUGGGUUUAUCAGCUAUUUCGAAUUUUUAUUUAUUUGCUGGUAGUAGUGUUGGAAAUCUCUUUUUUGAAUAUCUCUUUCAAAUACCAACUCUUGUCAAUUGUGUAAUUGUUUGUUCUUCUUUGUAUAGUUGUUGUUAUGUUUCAAUGGCUUUAGAAAAUGUCCCAUCUAGACAAUUAAUUUUUCGCAAUCUUUAUAAAAAGCACUUGUGAGAAUUCUAAAAACUGCAAAGUAAUUUGUCAAUUAUUUUAAUGUGACGUAUUUAUUAAUAUAUUUAAUUUUAUUUAUGGCAUAAAUUCCUGUAAGAAUGUUAAUAUUAAAAAAGCAACUGUGACGUAACAUUUAUUUUAUAACAUUAAAAAGCAAUCAAUUGAUAAGUAUUUGAAGCUUUCAGUAAUAAAUAGGAAUGUAUGUGCAUUGCUUCUAUGAGAUCAUUUGGGUCGCCCGCGAUGCCGGCCGCUUUGUGUAUUUGAAUUAGUUCCUGUCUUGUGAACACAUCCUUAUUAAGCUGAUGGGAUCUUCUUGUUAGGGCAUCUAGAAACUUUUUAACCUGCCGGAUACAAUAAUAACUAAUUUGAUAUAACGCAAUUAUGUGCCUGGGAACCCUAAACGUUCAAGUCUGGAAUAAAUAGGUGGAAUGCUAAUUUCUCGAUCUUGUUUGUAUGACCAUUUCUUUACUAGAUAUUGGUCCCAAGACCCUCAAUUAUUUAAGAUGGUCGGAUUCGGUUAAUUCGAAUCGUUAAUUAUGAUUUAUGUUCUGUAUCAAGCGAAGCCCGCUUGUCAAAAUUGUUUAGUCACGACAUCGUGCAUUUAAUGCAUAAAAAUUAAAUUUUAAUUGUAAAUUCGCUACGACUUAUUUCAAGGCAACGCUUAUCACUGAUCUUAUAAAUAAGGUAUAAAAGGGUAAUGUAUAAAGCGAUUUACGUAUAAUAUAUUUAUCCUUAGCGCAUAUGCGUAAGUGCAGACACUGUGUCUUGUACACAGUGUCUGUACUCUAUGUUCCAUAUAAUAUUUUUUUCAUAUCAACCUAGUCAUCAAGGGCA